AUGGUUAAUGUUCUUCUAACGGGCGGCAAUGGCUUCAUUGCCAGCCAUAUUCUCGACAUCCUGGUCCAAAGACAAUAUUCAGUGACAUUUACAGUUCGCAGUAAAGACAGGGCUAAGCAAGUUCUCGCGCGGUACAGCGGUCAGAGUGUAUGCAAUUUGACGGCACAUGUCAUUCCUGACUUUACCAAGCCUGGGGCUUUUGAUGACUGCCUCAAGACGAAUAGACCAUUUGACGCAGUGUUGCAUGUCGCAUCGCCUUUCAAAUAUUCCAUCACAGACAUCGACAAAGAGCUAUUUGGCCCAUCUGUUACUGGAACUCAGUCGCUCCUAGCGGCUAUCCAUGCUCACGCGCCGUCGGUCAAAACAGUUGUAUUUACCUCGUCAUUCGCCGCCAUCCUGGACAGCUACAAGUCGAAUACUAUCCCGGAGCACACAUAUACCACUUCUGACUGGAAUCCACUCACCAAGGAAGAUGCCUUUAAAAACACAUUGAACGGAUAUCGCGCCAGCAAGCUCUUUGCCGAGCGCGCUGCGGUCGAUUUCAUGACGAAACACAAACCAUCCUUCUCGUUUGUGUCCAUCUGUCCAACAUUAGCCUUCGGUUCAGUCAUUCAGCCAUUGGAAAGUGCCAAUGCCCUGAAUACAUCCAGUCAGCGUAUAUACAGCUUCGUCAAUGGCUCUUGCAGGUCCAAGAUGCCAGACACAGGAGUCUCGUUUUAUUUAUGGAUCGACGUGAGGGAUCUGGCGUUGGCGCAUGUCAAAGCAAUGGAGCUGCAACUUGAUGCGCCUGCGAAUAAGAGGUACUUACUCACUGCGGGAUAUUUUACAAAUAAGGAGAUCUGCGAGAUCAUUGGAAAAAGGCUUCCGGAGUACUUGGGCGUGUUGCCUCCUUGUGAUGGAGAUGCUGGUGGUUUUCCAUCGGGAGGUGUUUACAAGUUUGACAAUACAGAGGCAACAGAGGAGCUGGAGCUGGAGUAUAGGACGUUGGAAGAAAGUGUGGUUGACGCGGUUAAGUCAAUGCAACGUCGGGGAUAUGUGUGA